UCGACACCUAGCUGAUCUCACAUCUCUUCUCAACAUGUGCUACAGCUGCUGUUCUGGAAGCUUCUCCUCUAGAUCCUAUGGAGGUCAACUACACUACCCCUACUCCUCCUGUGGUUCUUCCUACCCAACUCACCUAGUCCAGAGCACUAACUUCUGCUCUCCCAGAACCUACCAUCUGGGCUCCACUCUCCACAGCGGCUGCCAUCAGAACUGCUUCCAGCCCAUCAGAUGCCAGGCUUCCCAUGCGGUGCACAGCUCCUGCCAUCAGCCUUGCUAUCGCCCCAGGAUCUCCAGCUUCUGCAGCCCCUACAGGACCCCGUAUGUUGGCUCUCAGGGCUUUGGGUCCAGCAGCUGCCAUUCCCUGGGCUUUGGGUCAAGGAGCUUCUACACUUCAGGCUGUGGCUCUAGUGGCUUUAGACCUGUGAGUUAUGGAGUCCGUGGCUACCCUUCCUUUGGUUAUGGAUCUGGAUUCUGCUACCCAACCUAUGUGACGUCUAGAAACUUCCAGUCUUCUUGUCACAGACCCACUUGUGGAUCAGCCUUCUGGAGAUCAAGUUGCUGAACUUCCUGAUUAUAAGUGAAUUGAAUUAAUUUAGUGCUACUAUCAUAGACUUUUCCAACAAGGCUAACUAGGCUCUCUCUCUCUCUCUCUCUCUCUCUCUCUCUCUCUCUCUCUCUCUCUCUCUCUCUCUCUCUC